AUGGCAACUUCUUCGAAUCCAAGAAAAACAGAUCCGAACCGUCCACCACAGGCGGUGAAAUUCUCACGACGCACGUCCAGUGGACGUGUGGUGAGUUUAUCCCGGGACGAUGAUUUGGAUGUCCCGGGAGAUAAUCAAAAUGAUUACAUAAAUUAUACAGUUAUGAUGCCCCCGACCCCUGAUAAUCAACCAGGGGCCGGGGAUGCUAGUGGUGACAAGCCAGAUGGUCCUGGACCAUAUGGCUCGUCAAGAUUCAGGACAGAGUCCCAAAGGCGAAUGGGUAGUCGUGGAGGUGAAGAUGAUGAUGGUGGUGCAAGAGGGGAAAAUGCCUCGGGUUUGGAUCGUAGGGUGUCUGUAUUGAAAUCAAAUAAUAAUAAAUCAAUGUUACUAAGGAGCCAAACUCAAGAUUUUGAUCAUAAUCGUUGGCUUUUCGAGACUAAAGGAAAAUAUGGUAUUGGAAAUGCAUUUUGGCAACAAGAUGAAGAUUCAUAUGAUCAUGAUACUGGAAUGAGUAUGUCUGAUUUUAUGGAUAAACCAUGGAAACCACUUACAAGAAAAAGUAAAGUCCCUCCUGAGAUCAUUAGCCCCUACAGAUUGCUUAUUCUUAUCCGGUUAGUGGUGUUAAUUUUCUUCUUGACGUGGCGUAUAACUAAUCCAAAUCCAGAUGCAAUGUGGCUAUGGGGAGUAUCGAUAGUAUGUGAAUUAUGGUUUGCAUUUUCAUGGCUUCUUGAUAUCCUUCCGAAAUUCAACCCUAUAAACAGAUCAGCUGAUUUAGCUGCACUUAAAGAAAAAUUCGAAACACCGUCUCCUUCUAAUCCUCAUGGUAGAUCUGAUCUACCAGGAGUUGAUGUGUUCAUUUCUACAGCUGAUCCUGAUAAAGAGCCUCCUCUUGUCACGGCUAAUACUAUACUUUCGAUUCUUGCUGUCGAAUAUCCUGUUGAGAAAGUAUCUGUUUACAUCUCUGAUGAUGGUGGUGCUAUCUAUAACUUUGAAGCCAUGGCUGAGGCUGUGAUCUUUGGUCAGCUUUGGGUGCCAUUUUGUCGAAAACAUAACAUUGAGCCAAGAAAUCCAGACAGUUACUUCAGUCAGAAGACAGAUCCAACGAAAAACAAGAAACGCCCUGAUUUUGUGAAGGAUCGACGUUGGAUCAAGAGGGAGUAUGAUGAAUUCAAGGUUAGGAUCAAUGGUCUACCAGAUGUCAUACGCAAAAGAUGUGAGAUGCAUAACUCGAAAGAAGAAAAAAAGGAAAAGGCACUUGCUAAGGAGAACAAUGGAGGGAGUGUUCCUGAAGAUUUCAAGUUUCAAAAGGCAACUUGGAUGGCUGAUGGCACACAUUGGCCUGGCACAUGGUAUGAGCCUAUUGCUGAUCAUAAAAAAGGAGACCAUGCUGGGAUAUUGCAAAUAAUGAGCAAGGUGCCGGUAAAUGAUCCAAUAAUGGGAGGUCCCAAUGAGAAGCAAUUAGACUUCACCGGUAUUGACAUCCGACUUCCCAUGUUUGCAUAUGUCUCUCGUGAGAAGCGUCCAGGUUAUGAUCAUAACAAGAAGGCAGGAGCUAUGAAUGCUUUGGUAAGAGCUUCUGCAAUUCUUUCAAAUGGACCGUUCAUACUCAACUUGGAUUGUGAUCAUUACGUCUACAACUCCAUGGCCAUUCAAGAGGGUAUGUGUUACAUGAUGGACCGUGGUGGUGAUCGUAUUUGCUACCUACAAUUCCCUCAAAGAUUUGAAGGAAUUGAUCCAUCUGAUAGAUAUGCUAAUCAUAACACUGUGUUUUUUGAUGGAAAUAUGAGAGCUUUGGAUGGUCUACAAGGUCCUGUAUACGUCGGGACUGGAUGUAUGUUCAGGCGCUAUGCACUCUACGGAUUCCACCCACCUCGAGCUAAUGAGUACACCGGCUUCCUUGGACAAAACAAGAAACAAGCUAAAAAUGUUGCUUUGCCUUCAGAACUAGACGACGAUUCACAACCUUUAACAGGACAUCCUGACUUGGACUUGCCAAAGCAAUUUGGAAAUUCUACAAUGUUUGUUGAGUCAAUUGCAGUGGCUGAGUUUCAAGGCCGACCUCUAGCCGAUCACAUCACUGUUAAAAAUGGAAGGCCACCUGGUGCCUUGCUCAUCCCGCGUCCUCCUCUAGAUGCACCAACUGUAGCUGAGGCAAUUGCAGUCAUCUCUUGCUGGUUUGAGGACAAAACAGAAUGGGGAGAUAGAAUAGGAUGGAUUUAUGGAUCAGUGACAGAGGAUGUGGUGACAGGAUACAGAAUGCACAAUCGUGGAUGGCGAUCUGUCUACUGCAUUACAAAACGAGAUGCAUUCCGUGGGACUGCACCUAUCAACCUGACUGAUCGUUUACACCAGGUUCUCCGUUGGGCAACUGGUUCAGUCGAGAUCUUCUACUCUCGUAACAAUCCCAUCCUUGCCAGCCCUCGCCUCAAGUUCUUACAACGCAUUGCCUACUUCAACGUUGGUGUCUAUCCUUUCACCUCAAUAUUCCUUGUUGUCUACUGUUUCAUCCCAGCCUUCUGUCUCUUCACUGGCCAAUUCAUUGUACAAAACCUCAACGUCUACUUUCUUUCGUACCUCUUACUUAUCACUGUCACUCUUGUCCUCAUUUCCCUCCUUGAAGUCAAAUGGUCUGGUAUAGGCCUUGAGGAACUAUGGCGUAAUGAACAAUUUUGGCUCAUCGGUGGCACGAGUGCUCACUUUGCUGCUGUUAUACAAGGCCUCUUGAAAGUUAUAGCUGGUGUUGAGAUUUCAUUCACAUUGACAUCUAAGUCUACUGGUGAAGAUGAAGAUGACAUAUAUGCUGAUUUAUAUGUAGUCAAAUGGACAAGUCUUUUUAUACUUCCAUUGACAAUUAUGGUUGUUAACAUAAUGGCACUUGUUAUUGGCAUAUCAAGAACAGUAUAUAGUAUAAUACCACAAUGGAACAGGCUAUUUGGUGGUGUGUUUUUUAGCUUUUGGGUAUUGUCACAUUUAUAUCCAUUUGCUAAAGGAUUGAUGGGAAGAAAAGGAAGAGUCUCAACAAUUAUAUAUAUAUGGUCAGGCCUUAUUGCUAUUACUGUUUCUUUGCUUUGGAUUACUCUUCAAAAUAAUGUUGAAGGAGGUGGCAACUUUAAUAUCUAG